AUGAUGAAUAUGAUCACCUAUAUGUACUACAUGGUGUACAUAACCACUACAAUUUUCAUUUUUAAAGAUAACUAUAACAUAAUAAACAGGAAUAUGAAGGAAAGUAAUUUUUUCACAAGAAGCUUUUACAACAAUAAAUUAUCCCGAAUAUUUUAUGAAGAUGAUUAUGAUUUUUUCCGUUUGGUAUUUGUAAAAUUUCUUAUAAAAGUACAAUAUUUAAAUAAGUAUGUACAUUUAGGAGAUGUAAAAGAAUCUUUUGAAAAGAUAAUGCUUAGUAUGAACAUAAAUCAUCAAAACGAAAUGUAUAUGAAAUUAUAUGAAGAAAUUAAAAAAAUUGGAGAAGAUAAAAGAUAUAAGGAAUUAUAUGAAAAUAAUAAUAUAAAUAUUGAGAUUGAAAAGAGGGUAAGACAAAAUAGGAACAGAAUAACUUUAUUAUCUCUUCUACCAUUUGAUUAUGAACUAAAAACAUUAAAUGGUAAAGAAAGUUAUAAAAAGAUACAAUUAUUGUUAGAUAUUUUAUAUGUAUCUAUAAUAAUAAGUUAUCAUUCAUUAUUUAAUAAUAAGGAAAGAAAAAAUAUGUUAAUAUUGAUGUAUGAAAAUACGAUAAACCAAUGGAUGAGUUUAAAUUAUUUAAGAAAGAUAAUGAAAUAUGAAUUAUCUCUAAAUAAUGAUGGUAUAUUAAUGUAUAUAUCUUUAAAUAAGAAAAAGGAAAGAACAAAACCAAAAGAGAUAAAUAUAAAAUUAAAUAAUAAAAAUAAUGAGUUAAGAGAAUUAAACAAAGAUGUACAAAUAAUGAAUGAUAUAAAAAUAAUAAAUGAUGAUAUAAUAAAAAAUAUAGAAAAUAAAUUUAAACAUAUUAUAAACGAACAUAUACAACAUUUAUAUCCAAAUGUUAUAGGUAAAGAAAAGUUAUCUUUUUUGUUGAACAAGUUAAUGAAUGUAUAUAUUCCUCCAGUACGUGUAAUAGGAUAUGCUACAUUUAAUAAACAUAAUUUAUAUACCACAGAUGAAAAUAUAAAAAUAAAUAAUCAAUUUACAGAAGAAUAUUUUAAUAUCAACAAGGACAAAGUUGUCAUUCAGGUGAUGAUAGGUAAUAAUAUUGAAGGAAACAAGGAGACAACACGGCAAAAUGAUGAUAAUAAGAAUAAAGGGAAUUAUUAUAAUACCACACGUGAUGAUUAUAAUACCACACGUUAUGAUUAUAAUACCACACGUGAUAGAAGUAAUAAUUACUACGAUUCUAGACAACAUGAUAACCAUACUUACCAAAAUAAUCCCGCACAUGAUAUACACGACUUUCAUUUUACUAUAGAAUAUAUGUACAACAUUUUUAUGAAUUAUAUAUUUUAUAACGACGAUUCUUUUCUUGAUAAUUAUAAAUAUACCUCCUUCAUUACAUCAAAAUACAUAUUUGGUGAUAAGCAACAUAACAAAGCAAAAGAAGAAAAGAAAUAUGAGGAUUUAUCCUUACAUAUAUUUCUAAGAAUAAAGAAGAAAUUGAAAUUUACCUUUAGCCAUUUACAAAAAUUUUUCUUUAAAAAUUUUGCAUAUAUUAGCUCAUUAUAUGAUAUAUAUUUUUAUGGGGGGUGUUUAAAAUAUCAGGAUGGUGAUAUGAUAAAAGUAGUUGGACAUUUUGGAGAGGGUAUAGAUAUUAAAUUGAUAAAUAAUGUAUUAAUUAAAAUGAAUAUACGUGAAAUUAUUAUACAUAUUAAAUUGUCGACAAAGAAAAGAAAAGCUCAUGAACAAAAUGAAUCAUAUACUUAUAUAACUAUUAAACAAAUAAAAAAACAAAUAAACAAUUCAAAUAUAUUUCAUGUUAUAUAUACUUUAGUUGAUAGUACUAAAUUAUUACCAAAACAUAUAAAUUGUAUAACAUGUAGAAAUUUAAAAUAUCAUUAUAUUAUUCUGUUGAUUACAGCUAUUGUACCCUCUUUAAUUAUAUUUAUUAUUUUCUAUAUUAUAUAUUAUUGGAAAGACAGAAAUUGCAGUAAUUCAAAAAAAAAAAUUUGUACAAAUCAUAUCUCACAAACUUAUCCAUGUUUCUUUCAUUUCAAAACACAUUCUAAUCGUUACAUCAGAUUAUCCGAAAAAAAAAAUCCAUAUACUCGUCUCUCCAAAAAUUAUAACGAAAAAAAAGAGGAUAAAAAAAAAAUAAAAAUAAAAAUAAAAAAUAAAAUGAAGAGUAAAAUGAAAAAUAAAAAGAAAAAUAAAAAGAAAAAUAAAAAUAAAAAGAAACAAAAUAUGGAUAUUCUAAUGAAAUGA